GUGACACUUUUGGUGGAUCUAAAUAUAAUACUGGUCGAGCACCACAAUAAGUGGUGUGGUCCGGCUAUGGGCAAAGGAUUUUAAAUUAUUUUGCUUAAUUAACAGAGCCCACGCAUUAAAAUAUGUCCUAGCAUAAGAUAUACUUAAAUACUCGGCCUUGCACAAACCAUAUAUUUUAAUUGUACAUAAACGAAUUUAAUACAUUGACAUGGCAAGUAUAGCAACCAUUAAUUGGCUCUUCAUAUGUGGUCUGGCGUUUUGUCUGGGUGGAGUUGCGGUGCUUAGUUUAAUGCCUCUGCCUUCAGACUGCAUUUGCCCUAUAAGCCGGCCGAAGCCUAAAGAGUCUGCUGACUUAUCACAGAAGCCACCAGAUGAACUACAAGCUAUGCAUAAGCUCGCAAUUUUGGUUCCGUUCAGGGAUAGAUUCGAAGAGCUUCUACAAUUUGUGCCACACAUGACAAAGUUCCUCCAAAAACAAAACGUAGUCCAUCAUAUUUUCGUUUUAAAUCAAGUUGAUCGUUAUCGCUUUAACCGUGCAUCGCUGAUUAAUGUAGGCUUUCGCUUUACUAGCGGGGUGUAUGAUUAUAUAGCGAUGCAUGAUGUCGAUUUAUUGCCCCUGAAUGACAAUCUACGCUAUGAGUAUCCUAGUGACGGUGGACCGUUACAUAUCGCUGCUCCAGAAUUGCAUCCUAAAUAUCAUUAUGAAAACUUUGUUGGGGGCAUAUUGCUGGUAAGAAAUGAACAAUUUGCGGCAAUGAAUGGAAUGUCUAACAAAUAUUGGGGAUGGGGUCUUGAGGAUGACGAAUUUUUUGUACGAAUAAGGGAUGCAGGUCUGAAAGUGACGAGACCUCAAGGAAUUAAGACUGGAAUCAAUGAUACUUUUAACCACAUUCACAAUCGCUACCAUCGCAAACGAGAUACCCAAAAGUGUUUCAAUCAGAAAGAAGUCACACGUAGGCGUGACCGCGAAACAGGCCUCAAUACUCUUCAGUACAAAAUCAGCCAUGUUCACGAUGUGAUGAUCGAUAGUAUACAGAUAACCGUAUUAAAUAUUGAACUGGAAUGUGAUUUAAGUAAAACUCCUUGGUGUGAUUGCAGUGGGAACGCCCAGGCUGCAGCUGAAGAAAAAACAAAACAGUGAUAAUAAAAAUUCAUAUAAGGACGCACACAAA